GUUUAUCUCAACUGACCAAUCACAGUGCCCAUUCUCAUCAUUCGCGCCUGGGAUUGGACUAUUCAAAUUAUUGCUUCAGCCCAGUUAAGAUGGAUGAAGUUGAGGUCGAAUCGUUAGAGGCCAUGGGGACGUUCCUUUCAUGUCUGCAUGAGACAAACUCCCUUCUAGGCACUCUGAACAAGCAAGUCCUUGCCCUGUCACAAGAACUUGCCACAGCAGAGCGAAAUUUGAGCGCGCUGUCCAUUCCAUUUCGAUCGACCAUGUAUGAGAUUGCCAUGCGAAAGGACGCGGCCAACAAGAAUGACCAACCAUCAUUUAUCACAAACUCGCCUAGAUUUCCAGAGGCAACGUCGUAGGGCCAUUCCAGCUGCCUCUGCGACGUGUUCAAAUAUGCGGUAGUGUAUAUAACACGAAUGAAUGCUAGGGGGUGGCGUGGGAGAAUUUGAGGGGGAAUAGCAUCGCUCCUUUUGCUCUAUCAUAUACUAGUGAG